AUGGACACAGACACAAAUGAUGGGAAAUUUCAAACUCCAAAAAAGUUUUCAACUAACUUCGUUAAAGUGCUGCGACAAAAAGCAGUCAGAUCAUUAAAUCUUAAACUCAGAUAUAAAGUCCUGACAGAAUCAGAAUCCGAGGCAGAAGAAGAACCUAAGGGUCCCCCAGAGACACAAGGAGGAAACAGUAAAACGGAAGCUCUACCGAAACCCAUCAACACAGCUACAAACACAGCUAAAGCGGCAGAGAAACCGGCGAUCCCACCCAUCGUAGUCGAAGAAAGUUGGAGCUGUAAAGUAGAAAUCUGUAACGAAAAAAAACUAGAAAUAUUUGCAAAUAUGAAUGAGUAUGCUAAGACAUACAAGGAAGAAGAAAAUUAUGUAAAAGUUGUUUUUAUAAUAAUAGAAAGUCAUUUAGCCAUGUUGGCUCAGAAUUAUCUUGCUGACGACAAAUUGGUAGCACGUUACGAGUGGAUUAGGGAUCCAUUUCGAACUACUCCCGAAGGUCUCUCAACUGCAAAAGAAGAAAUCUUCAUAGACUUUACUGCAAGCGGCGAACUCAAGAGAUAA